AUGAGGAGAUACCAGGCUAAGAGGGAUGGCAUUCAAACUUUGACAGGGAAGUUAACUCCUAAAAUCCAAAAUAAGUUGGAUGCAAUACGGAAUGAAUCAAUGGACUGUGUUGCCCUAUAUGUUGGUGAUGACAUGUUUGAAGUGACUGGUCCAGAUGGUAGACAAUUUGUAGUCAACAUGAGGAGAAAAAGUUGUGGUUGUAGAGUGUGGGAAAUGUCUGGAAUCCUCUGUGUGCAUGCAUGUGCUGCUAUUCGACAUAGUUGUAAGAAUGCAGAGGAUUAUGUUGAUGAGUACUUCACUGUGGAGAUGUACAAGAAAGCAUAUGAGCCAGUUAUAUACCCAAUGCCUAGUCAAGAGCAGUGGAUACCAACCCAACAUGACAAGUUGGAACCCCCAGUAUCAAGAGUGGCCCCGGGUAGACCAAAGAAGACACAAAGUACCACCUCAAGAACUCCUACACAGGCUACAAGAACAAAUCUGGUCUCACCGCCUCCACCAGCAAGAACAAAUCCAGUCCCACCACCUCCACUAGCAACAACAAAUCCGGUCCCACCUCCUCCAAGGAGACGGAAGACACAAAGGGUCGCGGCUAUUUUUGGGAAGUCCAAACCGGGUCCCACCACACCUAUUGAUCUAACUGAGGGUGAUAGUGAUGAACGAGGUGGCCCUGCAAUCCGAGGGGGCCAUGCAAUUCGAGGUGGCAGUGCGGGAACCAGUGGGACAGCAACUAAUCCGGCAUCCAAAAGCAAGGGCAAACGUGUGGUGGCCACUGUUGAAAAGGCAAUUGAGAUUGCUGAAGCGAAGAGGAAGAGAAUGAGGCCAGAAUGGAAGCGUUAA